AUGGCCAGCAAAGAAUAUGCCCUCAACUUUACCGGCGAUGUCAUGCUCGGCCGUCUCAUCGAUCAACUCUACCCAAACCACGUCCCCUCUCCCGACGACGAGCGACACAUCCGCGUCUUCCAAGCCCAACACGCAUCCCUCCUAGGUCUCCGAAACUACACCUUCGAAAGCCCUUGGGGCACCGUCUUGCCUCUACUCGCAACCGAGGGAGAUUUGAACAUCAUCAAUCUCGAGACAUCCGUAACGACGCACCCGAUCCCCUGGCCUGAUAAGGUGUUUAAUUAUCGAAUGCAUCCGGCCAACGCAAUGCCGAUUCUGGAAGCGGCCAAGAUCGAUUUUGUUUGUCUGGCGAAUAACCAUACUCUUGAUUUUGGGACCGAGGGGCUUGUUGAGACCAUUUGGACGUUGAAGCAGCACUCUGCCACACCUGCUGCUACCCCUGGUGCUGGGAAGUAUCGGGUAGCCUUUGCGGGAGCCGGGGAAACGACGCAGGAAGCCUUUGCGCCUGCUAUCCUCGACCUACCCCGACAAAGCCAGGUGCAGGAGCAACAUGCGACAAUGACGCACGGCGACAAACCAAGUGCGCUAUCAGCCCCAACCCUGGACUCCGCAACCCGCACCCAUGAAGUCCACAUAUACGCCGCGACAGACCAUCCGCACGUCUGGUGCGACAUACCCACCUUCCACUUCGUCGACUACACGCCCAAAUCCCGCGAACACCUCAAACGACUAAUAUGGAAACACUCCACUGCACCGGAAAUACGCUCAUCCGAGUCAUCGCCUGCGCUAAAGAUUUUCUCAUUCCACUGGGGCCCGAAUUAUACCUGGCACCCAUCUCCCGAAAUCCGGCAAAUGGCGCAUUUCCUCCUCUUUGAGUGCGGGAUUGACAUCGUGCAUGGCCAUUCAUCGCAUCAUGUGCAGGGCAUCGAGUGUCCUGCUCCGGGAAAAGUGAUCAUCUAUGGUUGUGGCGAUUUUGUGGAUGAUUAUGCUUUGAAUAAAGAGUUUAGGAAUGAUUUGGGUGCGCUGUAUAGGGUUGUUGUGCAAGAGCAGACACAUUCAGAGUCACAAGGCGGAGAAGGGUUGAGACCAGUUAGGUUGGAGAUUUUUCCGACGAGGAUUAAGCAUUUUCAGGCGCAUUUGUUGCAGCAUUACAAAUUUGGGAGCGGGGAUGGGGAUCAUGAUUGGGUUGUUGAUACGAUCUCGAGAUUGACGCGCGAUUUGAUGGAACAGGAGUGUGGGUGUGGAUACGCACAUGAUGAUAUGACAGGAAAGAAUAUUGUCAGGCCGGAGUUGGGGGAUAGGGGCCAGCUUAUGAUUGACUUGACUUAG